CUAUCGUCGAGUUUAGCGUUAUUUAUGGCCAGAAAGUGAUAGGAAUUGAAAACCAGUGACAUAUAAGAUGGCGACUAAACCCUCACUCGUGGCGAAGAUCUCCCAACAGAUCCCAGUUCUGGUUGAGUUAUCGAAGCCAAAGCUGAGGACAUUUGUUCGGUACGCGAAGGUUGAGUUGACUCCUCCGAGUCCGACAGAAAUCCCGCAAAUCAUAAGCGGAUUCACACAACUCGUGAAGAGCGGCCGCAGCGGGAAGUGGCGGCAGUUGCCGGUGAGGGAGGCCUGGCUUAACACUCUGGUCACGAUUGAGGUGUUGUGUUGGUUCUAUGUCGGGGAAGUGAUCGGCAGAAGACAUCUCAUCGGCUAUGAUGUCUAACACCUCUCUUCUCACCACUUCUUUACCGCCGAUUCACUCCUUCUCUAGAUUUUAGAUUUAAUUAAUUAAACAAUUGUUUGAAAUGAUUAGCGAAUUGUAUUCAAUAUUCGGUUAAAAUAAAUAGAUUUAAAAUAAAUUUAAAA